AUGUCCACGUCAACUGGACUAGCCGAUGCGAGCAAAGGCUGUACAGCGGAUGAACCGAUCAACGCAAAGCCCAUGAUACCAAAAGCUACCGAGAAACAUACAGAAGAAAAGCUUCAGACCAAAACCGAAGAUGAUACAUGCAACCAGUAUGAGGAUCUCACAAGUGAUAAAAAGAGCAUGCGCAAUCUAGAAACAAACCGUCGUUUCAAAUGGAUAUCAGUUAUUGCGUGCGUCAUUUCUACCGCUGCCCUUCUUCUGAGUGUGCUGAUAAUGUUCGGGAAAAUUGGCCACGGUUGUGGAUGCUCCGAAAAGGAAGAUGGUCAAGUUCCACGUUCAAGUUGCAAGGAAUUUUACGACAACGACGAAUCUGACGGUAACAAAGCUUAUCCUCUAAAGUUUGGGUCAGUUACUCUUCCGAUCUACUGUCACAUGACAGUUCUUGACGCAUGCGGAGGUGGUGGUUGGACGCUGGUUAUGAAGCUGGAUGGUUCCAAGGACACCUUCCAUUAUGAUUCCGCGAUUUGGAGCAGCAUGACUGAACACAACGCUUCGGCUGGGAUUACUGCCUUUGACGAGAAAGAGACAAAGUUACCAACUUACUGGAAAACAAAAUUCUCCAAAAUCUGUCUAGGUAUGAAAAAUGGCCAUCAAAUCAACUUCGUCCUCAUUACAAUGAGGGCAGAUUCUCUGUACUCUUUGAUUGCUGAUGGUCAGUACCGCCCAACCUCAUUGGGUCGAGACAAAUGGAAGUCACUGCUUGGUUCCAGCGCCUCAUUGCAACGCACAUGUAACAAGGAGGGGUUCAACACAUUUUGCACCGGCUCUAGUUACGACAAAGAACCGCCUAAGGCUCGAAUUGGUAUUGUGAGUAACGACGAUUAUGAUCCAAAUUGCGACCAUUGUCGUUCCAGGAUCGGUUUUGGUACGGCAGGCCAUCCUGAUGACACCAGCUCGUGUGGAAACGUAGCAAGAUGGAGAGCAGAUAAUGGUAACAAAUUCAUCAAAGCGAUGGGAUACAUUCUUGUUCAGUGA